GGCUGCUUAUUAGUACACCAAUAAUAUUUGGCAAGUUCAGUUUAAAAUUUUAAAAUAUUUGUGAAAAAAAUCUUUAAAUUUGUGCUACCUAACCUAAUUUAUCAAAUUCAAGAUUGUUCACAAAGCCUUAGUGCAAAACAAGUUUCAAGCACUAAGUCUUAUUGUUGUUGUCGACAUGUAUAAAUCAAUUUCAAAUUACUAAAUACUGUUGUGUUGAAAAUCAGAUUUCAAAAUAAAAGGUAUGACUUUUUCCCUAAGACUUUUAACCAGACUUCUCUUAAAUUCCGAAAAACUCCCAAAUGCCGCCUUCACAGUCCACCAAAGACAUUACGUGCGCAAAGUACGUCCAAAAUCAAAUCCAGGAAUAGCAGAACGCCUAUCUUUACUAGAAGACCAGGCAAAUUUGGAUUUGGAUGACCCAUCCUUGGAUUUCGACGAACACGAAUCCGAUUUCCAAAACCUUGCACCAACUUAUAAUGAAUUCAAAAAAGACAUGGCAAAGUACAGGCAAAAGGAACGCAACUGGAUCGUGAGGAGAAAAUAUUUUGAACAACAAUUGCCGAAUUUUCUUACUUGGUCGGAGAAGGAACAAAUUAGGCAUUUGCAUAAAACGGAUCCUGUAGAGUAUCCUGUGGAACGUCUUGCUGAAAUUUUUCCUGCCAGUUGUGAGGUAGUGCAGAAAAUUGUAAAAGCCAGCUGGAAAAUUCAGGAUCCGAAAAGGAUACUAAAUCAUGAUAAAAAUGUUGAAGCUAACUGGAAAAUGCUGAAGAAGGGUGAACUGGACGUUGAUGCUGAGUAUAAGGAGCACUUGUUAAAAUUUUCGUCUAGGGAUAAAAUAAUUCUAGACGAAACCAAGUACUUACCGCAACAAAGCAUGACGUUCGACAAACCACAAUUCACAACCCAAAGCACAGAAUUUUCCUCCAUUAUCCAAAGUUACGAGAACUCCAAAACCAAAACCAAGGAACAACUCAAACUACCCUCUACAAAAGACGAUAUUAUUAAUUUCCCUCAACUCGACAAACCCUUACAAGAAACCUAUGUUAUGAACACGGGUACUCCGACGUCUAAAAAACCGCAAUCCUUCAGCGAAUUCAAAAAAGAACUAAAUCUUCCCGACCAACAAAAUUUUCCUCCUCCUGCCAAGAAAAUUUUUGCCCAGGACAUACCGGUGCCUAUUUUUGGUAAAAAUUACCAAGAACGCAGUUUUGAGACCGAUAAAAAAGUUGUGCCGAUGCCUGAGAAGAUACAGAUUCCUAAAAAGUUUUGGCAACGUGGCCAAACUUACAAAGUCAACGACUGUUUUUAUGAUGAUGAUGGCAGAUUUUUGUACAGGGUUCCUGGAUUGGAAUAA